AUGUGUGGGCUAGAUAACAGGUCAAGCCUGAAGGCAGCAGGGAAGAAGAAGGCCUGGCUAGAUAACAGGUCAAGCCUGAAGGCAGCAGGGAAGACUGUCAUUGUACAGGCCAGACCCAAUGCGCUGGAGUUGCAGAAAGUGACUGAUGGAGAGGAGGGGGAGAGAGAUGGAGGGAUGGACUCUACCUCUGCAGGGGAGGAGGACUUCAAGACUUCAGACGAGGGCUUCAUGGGCAUGACACCUCUACUACAGGCCCACCACGCCAUGGAGAAGAUGGAGGAGUUUGUUCACAAGGUGUGGGAAGGCCGGUGGCGGGUCAUUCCUCAUGACGUGCUGCCUGAGUGGCUGAAGGACAACGAGUAUCUCCGCCACGGACACCGGCCGCCCAUGCCCUCCUUCAGGGCCUGCUUCAAGAGCAUCUUCAGGAUCCACACUGAGACUGGCAACAUCUGGACUCACCUGCUGGGCUGUCUGUUCUUCCUGUGCCUGGGCAUCAUGUAUAUGUUUCGCUCCAACAUGUACUUUGCUGCCCCGUUCCAGGAGAAGAUAGUGAUCGGUAUCUUCUUCAUCGGGGCCAUCCUGUGUCUGUCCUUCUCCUGGCUCUUCCACACCGUCUACUGCCACUCUGAGGGCGUCUCGCGCGUCUUCUCCAAACUGGACUACUCUGGCAUAGCCUUCCUGAUCAUGGGCUCCUUUGUUCCGUGGCUCUACUACUCGUUCUACUGCUCUCCCAACCCCAGGUUAAUCUACCUGGUAGUAGUCUGUAUACUAGGAGUGUCUGCCAUCAUCGUCUCACAGUGUGACUUCUUCGCUAAACCCCAGUACCGUGGGGUCAGAGCAGGAGUGUUUGUAGGUCUGGGUCUGAGUGGUGUGGUCCCCACCCUGCACUUUGUCAUCACUGAAGGCUUGCUGAGAGCCACUACUAUGGGUCAGAUGGGCUGGCUGCUCCUCAUGGCUACUCUCUACAUCUCUGGAGCCUGUAUCUACGCAGCACGCAUCCCAGAGAGAUUCUUCCCAGGGAAAUGUGACAUCUGGUUCCACUCUCAUCAGCUGUUCCACGUCCUGGUGGUGGCGGGAGCGUUCGUCCAUUUCCACGGCGUGUCCAACCUGCAGGCCUUCCGCUACGCUGCCGGGGCGGGCUGUGAAGAGGACAAUGCCCUGUGAAGAUCCUGGCCGUCACGGCAACGCACCACCAGGGGAGACGCACAUAUACAUACAUACACACACACACACACACACACACACACACACACACACACACACACACACACACUGACUCCCCAGUAGCGACCCGUCUCUCUGUCUACAGGAGACCCCUUAGAGGACACAUGAAAAAACACACCUACGUCUCAGAUGUUUUUCUUCUCCUCUCUCCAUCUUGUUUUCAAUAACUGCGUCUAGGGGUUCUGGACAUUUGAGAUUGGUCCCCCCCCAUAUUGAGUAAUCUGUUGAAGUGGUUGUUAUGAUUAUCAUCGUUCUAAACGCUGUGCUCACGGUGCAAAGCAACAAAAAAAUACAAUGUGGGGGUUUCUUAAUGCUAUAGUGGUGG